UUUGCGCGAAUGACCCUUCUGCUCUUGCCGCACCAACAUCUGGACUGAACAACCAAUUAGAGCAAUUACGAAGCUUCUCGAAGUGUAGUAAGUAGUAGGUAAAGCCAAAGCUAGUGAACCCCCUUAAUCAAUCUCACCUAGAAAACCCAUUUUCCUCUGUUAUUCUGAGAAUCAUAGAAGAGAAGACCAUCAUGGCUUGGAUGACACGAUUCUUAGCUGCAGUAGCGUUCUUGGCAAUUGGAGUACUUUUUUCUCCAGAAACUUUUGGAUCAAAAUCAGAUGGUCAACAUCCUCCUAAGCUUGCUACUUUUCUCAAAUUGUCUCAUCUAUUAUGCUUUUCCACUGCCUUUGGUGCUGCUCUAUGGGUCACUUUCAUUGGUGGUAUCAUCAUGUUCAAGAAUUUGCCUAGGCAUCAGUUUGGUAAUCUGCAGAGUAAAAUGUUUCCUGCCUACUUUUCCAUGGUGGGUGUAUGUUGUGCUGUGUCCGUGGGUUCUUUCGGCUACUUGCAUCCUUGGAAGACUGCGUCUGCUUCUGAGAAGUACCAACUUGGGUUCAUUCUUGCUGCAUUUGCUUUCAACCUCAGCAAUCUCUUUGCCUUUACUCCGAUGACCAUUCAGAUGAUGAAGGAAAGGCAUAAGAUAGAGAGAGAGGAGAACAUCGGGGAGGAAGUCGGGUGGACUAAAAACCAGGAAGUCGCAAAGGUCAAUCCAAAGCUUAAAGCAAUGAACAAGAAAUUUGGGAUGAUUCAUGGACUAUCUUCCCUUGCAAACAUUUUCUCAUUCGGUUGCCUUGCAAUGCAUUCCUGGUACCUGGCAGGAAAAUUGGAUCUGUAGAUUGUUUAGAUAUGCCUGCUGUUACAGAUACUAAAAUGGCUUAAUAAAUUGUAUGCCUGCUACUUUUAACCAUUACUCUAAUGGCUUCUGUAUUGUGUUAAAUGUAACUUGACGCCAAAAUAGGAAUAAAAAUAUACAUGUUAUCCGCUUUAA